AUGGACGUUGAUAUCGGAGAACUGGACCUUCAAGCUGACCUCAGUGCAGAGGAGCUCCUCGUGCUCACGGCGAACAAUAACUUGCUCGCUGAUGCCAUGGCGGGGCAGUCAGGAAACGGUACCCCAGGAGGUGACCACUAUCCUAUGAGCGCGCUGUCGAGUUUCGGUCUGGAGCGGGAGUCUUUCCAGGACUGCUCAGCUGACCAUUCACAGGAGGCACCUGAUGGAAUCAGGGGUUCCUUUAGUUCUCUUUCUGUGCCCAGUGGGUUCGCUUGCGAGACGCAAAGCCCAGCAGGUUCAGAACGCCUACUUGGUAGGCCGUUCUCGCGAGCAACACCUUCUGGAGGGUUUUUGGCCGAGAGAUGCUUUGGUGCCGAGAACUUGACUCGAAUCUUGCAGCUCUGGUCAAGGCCUCCUGUGUUCACAAGCUUUUGGCUCCUCGCCAAAAUGGUGGGUUACGGAGGAACGAAUCCCUCGGAGGCAGUUAGGGCAAUUUUAACCCACCAGGGAUGGAGCCCAGACGUUUCGCUUCGUGGGCGGAUGGAGGUUUUUGGUAAGUUCACCAAAGAGCGUGUCGUGGAUAUCGGGAUCAUGCUGAAUGUGCAGCAUCGUCGAGGCACAAAUGCGGCUACUUUGCUGAGCCUCGUUCUGAAAGUCGCUGACGGUGCAGAUUCGUCCACUGUCGGACGUCUUUGCGUGACAGAAGAUGCACUGCUCACAGCCAACGCUGAGCGAGUCCAGAUUCUACACAGAGGUGCGAGUGAGGAACGUCGAGGGUUUACCGAGGAUGCCUUCAUCCGUCCGCCGUUCACGGCGAUCAGUUGGCUGGCUCCGCAUCCGCAUCCAUCCGAAUUACCACCUCGAUGGACACCGAGGCGGCUGCGUUCUUCGAGAUUUUGCAUUCGAAACGGUGUGCUUGUUCCGAUCGAUCGAUACGGCACUUCUGGCGAAGUCGAGGAAGGCCGCUCGGAGACAUCGCAGUUGAACGGUGCCCAUUUGCACCGUAUCCACGAAACCAUGGCUGCCGUGCAGCAUGUGCAGAGCACCGGCAUCACGCAGGAGAUGCCUAUGAAUCCUCUGGAACGCACCCUGGCGAAUUCGCAAGCUCCCGGGGUUAUGAGGAAUCCAAGAGGCACUGCAAAUCAAGCAGAUUCCUUCAGCAGAUUAUGGACGGAUGAUGUCAUGGCACUUGCCUUGGAAGCACAAAACGCUCGAUCUGGUUGCGAUGAGAGCAUUCAGUCAUUUCUGUCUCUUGUGGACAACAUAUCAUUUGAUACCAGGCAGAAUGAUUUCACCACGGACCGUACGUUCUGCAAGAAGCUGACACGAGGGCUCCCAACAUCUCUGGAAUUUUCUGUUCCGGUACCACUGGACAAAAUGCUCCCCAAAAUGCCGAGUCUCCGAACGGCGAUUGUUUUGCGUUGCUUUGAAGUCUCUAAUAGGCGAAUUUCAUCAUGGGACUGCGCUUUUCCAGCCUCUUGCCGUGCGUGGCUUAGUUUGCAGUCCUCGAGUUCGUCACAGCUACAUAGUGUGGAUAUCAAGAAAGCAGCACAAUAUGUGGAUCUUACACUUCCCAUUCAAAAAGCAUACCGGAAAGAAGUUCAGUUGGGGACAGGGGGUCGAACGCUUUUACUACGGCUCGAUAUUAACCAAAGUUUAGAAGAGCACGUCUGUCCGUGGCCGGCAGAGAAGUUCUACGUUUUCGUUGUACAAUCUGCGCACUUAUUCUCCGUAGAAUUCGAACUAGAACGCGUCCUUGCCCGGAAGCGACCUUCAGCUGAAAAGGCGAGAGCAAUUUUGUGCCCAGCCGUCCAGGCCGGCGAUGAUGAUCUUGACAUUGAAUCGGUGCGGAUUUCGCUAUUAUGUCCGCUCAGUCGAACACGGAUCAAAAUACCAGUUCGAGUCCGGGGCAGUACGCAGCUUCAGUGCUUCGACGCGAUCAGUUAUAUUGAAAUGAGUCGCUUAACGAAGCGAUUCAUCUGCCCAGUGACGAACAAGCCGGCCCCGCUGCACAUGCUACAGGUCUGCGAGUUCUUUCGAAAGGCCCUAGAAUUCGCGCAUCCAGAAGAGGAGUUCAUUGACGUCCUUCCAGAUGGGACGUUUAUGCAUACAAUGGCGGCUGAGUCGGAGCCGUCUGCCUUGCGAGCCAGCAUGAAAUGCGAGCGGGCCAUUUCGUUCGAGCCGUUCUCUGAGCGAAAGUCACAAACGCUUCAAAAUAACAGCAGCUGGCAUGAUCGUACUGAGAACUCCGGUUGUCUGGCGGACACGAUCGUUGUUGAUCUUUGUGAUUAA